AUGGCGCGGUCUUUCAAAGCUGAAUUGAAAGAGAACUGCAAACCUAUUGGCCUUGUACUGAAAAUCUCUCAGACCGUUAAUUAUGAAAGCAAUUUACAGCACAAAAAGAAGAAAAGAAUCAAAGGAGUGCAUGGAUCUCUAGUAGUUCAUGGACUUCAAGGGUAUUUGAUAGUUCCUGGAGUGCAUGGAUCUCUGGUAGUUCAUGGACUUCAAGGGUAUUUGAUAGUUCCUGGAGUGCAUGGAUCUCUGGUAGUUCAUGGACUUCAAGGGUAUUUGAUAGUUCCUGGAGUGCAUGAAUCUCUGGUAGUUCAUGGACUUCAAGGGUAUUUGAUAGUUCCUGGAGUGCAUGGAUCUCUGGUAGUUCAUAGACUUCAAGGGUAUUUGAUAGUUCCUGGAGUGCAUGAAUCUCUGGUAGUUCAUGGACUUCAAGGGUAUUUGAUAGUUCCUGGAGUGCAUGGAUCUCUGGUAGUUCAUGGACUUCAAGGGUAUUUGAUAGUUCCUGGAGUGCAUGGAUCUCUGGUAGUUCAUGGACUUCAAGGGUAUUUGAUAGUUCCUGGAGUGCAUGGAUCUCUGGUAGUUCAUGGACUUCAAGGGUAUUUGAUAGUUCCUAGAGUGCAUGAAUCUCUGAUAGUUCAUGGACUUCAAGGGUAUUUGAUAGUUCCUGGAGUGCAUGGAUCUCUGGUAGUUCAUGGACUUCAAGGGUAUUUGAUAGUUCCUGGAGUGCAUGGAUCUCUGGUAGUUCAUGGACUUCAAGGGUAUUUGAUAGUUCCUGGAGUGCAUGGAUCUCUGGUAGUUCAUGGACUUCAAGGGUAUUUGAUAAUUCCUGGAGUGCAUGGAUCUCUAGUGUCUAAAAAGUGCUUGACAUAA